AUCAGCCCUGCCCACUUGCGACUGACAGCCAGAGUAGUCAUGCGGCGUCGGCCUUCUCUGUUGUGAUUCUCCUACGCAGAGCACCGAUGUCCGACUUCCGCGAUUCAACGUAGCGAGCCGAGCGAAUGAUCACAACCCGGAUUUAUUCCGGGCUAGAUCGAGGGAAAGUGGCGUCGUGCUACGGUACCGGGGUUCCCCGGGAGGACAUGGAGGGGACGGCGGAGCGGGAGUACGAGGAGCGCCGGAGGGAACACUGGAAGCUUCUGUCCAGCCUGAAGACCACGGUGGAGGGCCUGGUGUCCACCACCAACCCCAAUGUGUGGUCGCGCUACGGGGGCCUGCAGCGGCUGCAUAAGGACAUGAACAACAUCCUCAGUCACGGGCUGACCAACGAGCAGGUGUAUUACAAGCAGAGGGAUUACUGGCCGUACGUGUGGUGUGUGCGGUAUAUAAGCCCACACCUGGCUUCGCACGUUGAGCAGUUCAGUUCCCUGGAGCCCGUGCCCUGCAGCGGGGCCCAGGGCGGGGGGGAGAGCUACAAGGCGGAGCGGUGGCUCCUCCACAGCCUGCAGGUGCACAUGCUGUCGGUUCAGCUCCGGCCCCUGCUCAGGCACCAGGGCCACACCCGCAAGUACUACAACGACACAGCCUUCCUGUUGAGCGAGCCCCAUGUGACCGCCAUGUUCCAGUGCCUGGAGGCCCUGGAGCAGAACAACCCCAAGCUACUGGCCCUUGUGGACACUGUGGCGCUUUCACCCAUGAGGUCCCAGCCCUGCAUCGGCCUGCUGAAGACUCAGAGCAUGUGCGUGCUGCCUGGCUCCUGGAGAGCCACCGACGGGACCCCCAAGGGCCAGGCUCUGAGCCACAGGCUCACCACGUCCAUCAGCUCCCUCCGGGAGGUCGACGAGGCGGCGGCCCAGAGCACCGCACGACGACACACAGACAGCGACCCUACCUCUUCCGCCGUCAGCCUCGGCCCCGACUGGGUCCCCGGGGCCGGGGGGGGCGGCGUGCGGGGCCCCACCCCGUCCGAGGCCCCCCUGCUGGUGCCCCCGCUCAUCUCGCUGACCUCGUCCCCCCGCUCGUCCUCCCCCAUGCCCGAGGCGGGGGAAGGGGACUACGACGACGGCCCCGAGUACCUGGCCAUCGGUAACCAGGGGCAACGCAGUCGCCAGGACUCCCGAAGCUCCACCCCCGCCGAGUCCACGGCCCCGCCCCCGCCGCGCCGGAGUUCCCUGGCCGUUGCUCCUCCCCCUCCCCGGCGCUCGUCCUUCUCCGAGGGCCAGCGGGGGCCGGCCCGGGUGACCAGGGGCCACAUACGCUCCAUCUCCGACACGGGCGUCGAUCAGAAGAGACAAGGAGGGGGAGCCCGGAAGAUCACCAUAAUAAUAGAAGAGCCCGUGGCAGAGUCGGCAGGCGACGACUGCUCCAUCAAGGACUACAACCCCUUUGCCACGCACAGCAGUGAUGUCAGUGCAUCCGGCUCGCUCUACAUGGAGUCCAAUUGCUCAGAGCACAGCGGCGUUCCUGACGGAAUGUUCCGGAAGCCUUCGAAAGGCCAGAGCCUCAUCAGUUACCUGUCAGAGCAGGACUUUGGCAGCUGUGCUGACCUUGAGAAGGAAAAUGCCCACUUCAGCAUUUCCGAGUCGCUGAUCGCAGCGAUUGAGCUGAUGAAGUGCAAUGUCCGGCGCCGGGAAGAGGAGGGUGACGAGGAAGAGGACAGCGACUGUGAGAUCCAGCAGCUCAAGCAGAAAAUCCGCCUGCGAAGGCAGCAGAUCCGCCGCAGCCACCUGCCGCCAUGCAGCUCCGCGCAGCACGCGCUCCCCUCUACAGACAGCGGGGGAUCCCGGAGGAGCUCCCGGGAUUCCUCCCAGGGGCUCUCUGACUCUGGGUCGGCGGAGGAGGUGGGGGAGUGUGAUCUAGAUGACGACUGUGCUGGCCAAUCCCUGCUGGCGGUCUCUCAGAACGGCCUCACCUUGUCACUCGCAUCUCUCUUCUCAGAGGCUGACAUCAAGCGCAGCGUCACCUCCACCAAGUCCUUCCUCAGCUCCGACUCGAUCUGCCCCUCCUUCCUCCAGUCUAAUUCUGCUGAGUCGGUGGCCAUGGGUCUGCUCAGACAGUUCGAGGGCAUGCAGCUUCCUGCUGCGUCCGAGCUCGACUGGCUGGUUCCUGAGCAGGACGCUCCGCAGAAGCUGCUUCCCAUCCCAGACUCCCUCCCCAUCUCCCCGGACGACGGCGAGCACGCCGACAUCUACAAGCUGAGGAUCCGGGUGCGAGGCAACCUGGAGUGGGCCCCCCCACGGCCCCAGAUCAUCUUCAACAUCCACCCGGCGCCCAAGAGGAAGAUAGUGGUGACCAAGCAGAACCACCGCUGUGCUGGCUGUGGCAUCCGCGUGGACCCAGACUACAUCAAGCGGCUGCGCUACUGCGAGUACCUGGGCCGCUACUUCUGCCAGUGUUGCCACGACAACGCCCAGGCGGUGGUGCCGGGCCGUGUGCUCCGCAAGUGGGACUUCGGCAAGUACUACGUCAGCAACUUCGCCCGCGACCUGCUGGGCAAGAUCGCCGGCGACCCGCUGUUCAACCCCAACGACAUCAACAGCGGCCUGUACAAGAAGAUCAAGGCUCUGGAGGCCGUCCGGGUAUUGAGGGUUCAGCUGUUUCACAUGAAAAACCUCUUCAAGACCUGCCGCCUCGCCAGAGAUGUGCUGGACCAGUUCGACAGUCUUCCAGGUCACCUGACGGAGGACCUCCACCUCUUCUCCCUCAACGACCUCGCUGCCGUGCGCAGCGGCGAUCUGGUCCCCCGGCUCAAGGAGUUACUGAAGCACGGUUCCACGCACGUAGCUGGCUGUGUGCUGUGCCAGGCCAAGGGCUUUGUGUGCGAGUUCUGCGGCAACGGCAAAGACAUCAUCUUCCCCUUCGACCUGAACAAGUGCCAGCGGUGCGAAGAGUGCCACGCCUGCUACCAUCGCGGCUGCUUCCGCGCGGGCAAGGAGUGUCCGCGGUGCCAGCGGUUAGCCGCGCGCCGCGAGCGCAUGGCCCGCAAGAACAUGGAGGAGCAAGAGGACGAGGGCGGCGGGGGGUAGGGAGAACCCCGGAGGAGAAGAACGUCGAUUAUAUAGAAUAUAUUAAUAUAAAGAACAUAUGAAUAUAAAGAAAAGCAAAAAACGCCACGACUUUUGAUUGUAGAGACAGCUCAGUCUCCCCAGACUGGGAGACCUUAGUAGACCUUCUCUUCCGGUCGCCCGGUUACGUUCUUCCUGCAGGAGGAAAACAAGACGGUUUAAUUAUUCGGGACGUCGGGAGUAGCACAUAGUUGAUCGCAUCAGGACUGAUUAUAAUCACAUGAGAUUUUGUGUAGGGAGGCGGGGGUAUCUACUGAGACAUGUACGGGCUAAUCAGAUUUAUAAACUUUUUCCAGACUUUUUGGUACCGUCCCGUUUUCAGAAACCAAUCGUCCUGACAUGAAGACAUUCUAGCAUCACACACCCACAAUUCCAAGGAGACGCUUCCUUCUACCAGAAGUGCAGCUUUUGGGAUGUCCUCUGAUUCCCGGAGCUAUGAUUAUGUGCUUCUUCUUUCAUCCUAUGAUUCAGUUAAAUUGCUUGGAAGGCCAAGUCCGAACCUCCCUUCUUAUUUAGGUGCAGUUGUUUUGGGGGUCGUGCCCAAUGUUUUCCAAGUUGUUUUAUUUUGAAGGUCUCGGGGUAAGGGUGUGGUUUCUUUCCUUUUACCGUUGCUUUUUGUAUUGGUUUUUAGUGGGUUUUUAGCCACGCUAACGUGCCUCUGGUAGCUAAUGUAGGUAAACUUUGAAAGUAUUCAUGCACAAUCGCCGGAUUAGUACAAAUGUUUUCCUUUUUUUCAUUCAAAUGAAAUUGGAGAGACGCUGUGUGUGUGUGUGUGUGUGUGUGUGUGUGUGUGUGUGUGUGUGUGUGUGUGUGUGUGUGUGUGUGUGUGUGUGUGUGUGUGUGUGUGUGUGUGUGUGUGUGUGUGUGUGUACUUGCUGUGCACCAAUAAUUUGCACUUAUCUGAUUUGAGAAUGUAACAUUUAACUUGAUUUUGUGUGGGACCACUCAUCUUAACAUGUAGUUCUUAUUUGCACUGAUCUUAUGUUCUAGAGGAGCGUGUUGAGCAGGGAGACUAAUUCAGGGCUUUUAAUCGUGUCUCUUAUUAAAACCAGACAGACGUUUACCUGGGAUGGCACAACCAAAUUCAAUAAUUCACCCCUUGGCAGAAGACUCAAAUUCACGUUCCGUAAGAUGUUUUGUGUAACCAAAGUAAUAUCAUUUUUGUAGACUUAUUUGAAAAUGACUGAAUAAAUUGAGAUUGAAUACAUGGAGAUGUGAAAUUAAGUAAUUCCAAUUGUAAGUGAUUUUUAUCUUCCACAGAUAUGAUUAACAAUACAUUUUCAUUGGCCAAAGUACUAAACUUUGUCCAGAAUGAGUGACCUUUUUAUAAGCAUUUGCUAAUGAUAACAACAAUACAACAGUUCUUUUUUUAUAUACAUACGUCAGUAGUCUUUAGAUCAGGGAUUGUAACUAAUCUUGUGUGAAUUGUAUCGGCUAGGGAAACUAUCCCCAAUAGAACCGACUGGAGGUUUUUGCCCAAUAACUGGACCACCGACACCAUAGAUGUCUAUUAUACCAGAACAGUGCUCUAACCUGUCUGCGUGUUUAGUCUUAACUGGCUGCUUUUAAAAGCACUGUACUAACAAUUCACUGAACAAAGAGUUAAAUCUGUUCCUCUUCGCUGGGGUGGAUUCUGAGUUCAUCGGCCUGCCUUUUGUACAAGGAUGUGAAGUGCACUAAGAGAAAAUAUAUUGUAAAUACAAUUGAUGAAUGCUUUUAUUUUGAUUAUAACGUGUUCAUUUGGCUUUUGUUCUGUAACAGUGUUGAAAAUUAAAGACUGCCCUGACUGUUAA